AUGACACUCGAGGAUUUCGAGAAAUCACUGGCGGAGGACCAGGAACGACGACGCGAGAGGAGCGACAGAGACAAACAUCGCCAUCGGGACCGAGAUCGCGACCGCGACCGCAGCCGAGAGCGCUCAAGACACCACCGGCGUCACCGUUCGUCUCGAUCGAGGGAGCGUGACCACGAGCGACGCCGGGAGUCACGACGCAGCGAAGACAACGGACACCGUCAUAAGCGAUCGCGCCACUCGACCGACCAUGGGGAUGAUCGCGAUCAUGCACACAAGCGUCGACACCGCGACAGCAGAGAUGAGGAGAAGGACGCGCCAGCUUCAAAGGAAGUCGUUCAGGAGGAACCUACACCCUUGAAAAGAGAUGCCUGGAUGGAGGGACCAUCUGGUUUAGAUAUUGACUACGUUCAGCGACGCAAUACGACGCGUCUAGAGGAGGAACCAAAGCCGAAGAUGCUUCAGGCGGACUUUGAGCUGAAAAUCCACGGCAGGGAGCUCAAUACCCAUUUGCAUGAUUUGAAGGCAGGCAAGGUCCUGGAAGAAAUUGAGGAGGAGCCAGCACAGCAUGAGGUCGAUUAUACUUUUGGCGAUGCCGGUUCGCAGUGGAGAAUGACCAGGCUCAAGGCCGUCUACAGAGAAGCAGAGGAGAGUGGAAAGUCCGUCGAGGAGGUUGCAUUAAACCGCUUUGGCGACCUCCGCUCGUUCGAUGAUGCACGGGAAGAAGAAGCCGAAUUGGAUCGACGUGACCGAUACGGUGAAGGCUACGUGGGCAAGGAAAAGCCGACAGGCGAACUGUUCCAGGAGAGGAAGCUUGAGGAGAAUGUCCACCGCGAUCCCCACGAGCAUGUCCGCAGCCCCGGCAAGGAACUUGAUGCCCAAGGCCAGGGCAAACCGAUGGAAACUGUGCCGCCACAAAACACCCCACAACAUCUAGACCUGACGGCUCUCAACCGACUCAAGGCCCAGAUGAUGAAGGCCAAGCUCAGGGGUGCACCAGAUGCAGCAGAGCUCGAAGAGCGCUACAACGCGGCGGCCGCCGCAAUGUCCAACCGGAAGGAAUCCGAUGUGGUGGUGCUCGGCGUGAUGGAGAACCGGAUGCUAGCUGGCACCCGGAACGAAGUGAAGGCGGUCGAAAAUCGCCGUGGCCGCGAGCGUGGCAAGGUCGAGGAGAACGAUGACAUGACGAUCGAGGACAUGGUCCAGGAAGAACGACGGACGCGGGGACAGUUUGGAGGCGACGGACGCCGGAUGGCAGAGAGAAUCGCCAAGGAUGCCAAGUUCGAGAAUGACCUGGAAUACAUGGACGACAAUGCGUCCAAGCUGGCCAAACGGGUGCACCGAUCCGAGAUCGACAUCAAGAACAUCACUAUCAACGAGCUACAGAAAAUGAACCGCAUCCUCGACAAUUGUCCUCUUUGCCACCACGAAGACACGAAUACGCCUCCAAUUGCACCGGUGGUGUCUUUGGCGACUCGGGUCUACCUGUCCCUUCCUACGGAGCCCGAGCUGAACGAGGGGUGUGCCACCAUUGUUCCCAUCCAGCACCGCACGAAUCUGCUCGAAUGUGAUGACGAUGAGUGGGAGGAGAUCCGGAACUUCAUGAAGAGUCUGACUCGGAUGUACCACGACCAGGGCCGGGACGUCAUCUUCUACGAGAACGCAGCGCAGCCCCAUCGGAAGAGACACGCGGCGAUGGAGGUGGUGCCGCUGCCGUACAGCCUUGGAGAGACCUCGCCGGCCUUCUUCAAGGAGGCCAUCCUGUCGGCAGACGCGGAGUGGUCACAGCAUCGGAAGCUGAUCGACACAUUGGCCAACUCGAAGAAGGGCAUGGGUCGGAGUGCGUUCCGGCGAUCGAUUGCCAAGGAGAUGCCGUACUUCCACGUGUGGUUCCAGCUGGACGGGGGACUGGGCCAUGUGGUGGAGGAUGAGAACCGGUGGCCGCGGGGGGAUCUUUUCGCCCGAGAAGUGCUGGGAGGCAUGCUGGACUUGGCGCCGGAUGUCAUCAAGCGGCAGGGCCGCUGGCAGAGGGGAGGCGAUCGGCGGGUGCCCGGGUUCCAGAAGCGCUGGAGAAAGUUCGACUGGACACGGGUAUUGGUGGAGGGAUAA